UCUCUCUCUCUCUCUCUCUCGCGCACAAUCAGGUCGAUCAGUAGCCUAUAGUAAACUUUGGCAGCCUAGUUUAUCUCUCCAGAGCUAACCAUGGCGCUUCAAGCGAGAGCUCUGGUCACCUCUAAAUGGCUCGCGGAGGCUGUGAAGGUCCGGGGGAAAAUGCGCAUCUUGGACACUUCUUGGUUUUUGCCCAAACUGCGACGCAACGCCAGGAGCGAGUUCAAGAAGAGGCACAUCCCGGGCGCAGCUUUCUUUGACAUAGAUGAGUGUUGUGAUAAAACCUCUCCUCUGGACCACAUGCUCCCGUCGGAGGAGAUUUUUGCCGAUUAUGUCGGGAAUUUGGGAAUAGAGCGCGACACGCACGUCGUGGUGUACGACGCCAGCAAGUUCGGCGCGUUCUCGGCGCCCCGGGUGUGGUGGAUGUUUCGGGUGUUCGGGCACAGCGCGGUCUCGUUGCUCAACGGGGGGCUCGGGAACUGGGAGCUGGAGGGUCGAGCAGUGAGUGACCAGUGCGUCAGACCAACACCGUCCGAGUUUAAAGCCUCCCUGAACCGCUCCUGGAUCAAGAGCUAUGAGGAUAUCCUAAAUAACCUGGACACCAAAAGGUUCCAGGUGGUGGACGCCAGACCUGCAGGCAGGUUCAGAGGACUGGACCCGGAACCCAGAGACAACACAGAGCCAGGCCAUAUCCCGGGCUCCAUCAACAUGCCCUUCCACUCCUUCCUGUCCCCAUCGGGUCACUUCCUGCCCAAGGAGCAUCUCCAGGUUCUGUUCGCCCAGGCUGGCGUGGACCUCAGCCGCCCAAUUUGUGUCUUGUGUGGCUCGACCGUGACUGCGUGUAUCGUGGCGCUGGCGGCUCACGAGUGCGGGCACCCGGGGGUGUCGGUGUACGACGGCGGGUGGUCGGAGUGGUACACCCGCGCCGUGCCCGAGCACGUCAUAUCUGAAGGACGAGGGAAACAUUUGUGAUUGGUUCAGGAUAGCAGGAGGUGUGGUUGGUGGGUUAAGACUGGAUCAGACUGGUGCUGGAGGACAAGAAAAGAAUGGUGAUGUUCUUUGAUUGUUUUUGAGUGCUAAGGUUUAAAGGAAUAGUUUGACAUUUUGGGAAAUACUUUCUGCUUAUGCUGCUUUAUUUAGCAAGAAUUAGAUGAGAAGAUUGAUACCACUCUAAUGUCUGUAUGCUAAAUAUGAAGAUAUACGUAGCUAGCCUGACUCUGUUCACAGUUCUAGAAAAUCUGCCAUCCAGCACUAUUGUAUUAGACUAAUUUAACACGUUAUAUCUUGUUUGUUUAAUCCGUGCACAAAAAGAAAUGGAAAAAGAGCCAGAGCCAUGCUAGCUGUUUUCUUCUGCCCCCAGUCUUUAUGCUAUGCUAAGCUCAUAUUCUCAUUUAAUUCUCAGCAAAAUCUAACUCAAACUAUUCCUUUGACAUAAAAAAAACAAAACAAUGGGUAAUCCAAGCAUACAUCACUAAGGGACAUUUCUUUCGUUCCAAACACCUUAGAUGACUUGACUAAAGAGCCGGCAAUAUGUGAACACUAAACUUGACUUUAUAAUCCGUUUUGAAACCGGAAAAGAUUUGUUUACAGCUGUUAAUGCUUAUGUUGGAAUAAAUUAUAGAUGAACAAUCUCA